AUGCUAUUUGCCAACACCAAGACAUGGAUGUCGAUCCUCCUUGCUUGUAGCUCAAUCUACUCGGCUCAAUGCGCUCCCACUUCCAACACCGUCAACGCGGUCGCAGUUCGGGAUAUUCAAUCUUUGCCAGCUGUUGUUCCAGCCCUCUCUGUUCGCGACGUACCGGGGGUUUCUCGCGUAAUCACUGAGCGCGAUGCAGCCACUGACGUCAAUCUGGCCAAACGCUACCUCAUCGGCUCUCCCCACCAGAAGCGGACGAUCGAACUUGUACUGAAGCAGGCCGUGCACGGUCUUGCUGCGGGAACAACUUGGCUUUGGGAGAUCAGCUACGGUUACACCAGCACCAACGGAGGCAGUUCUGGGCAUCUGACGGGAAACCUAGUUAAAGGCGAUGGCUCGUUUUCUUGGGGCACAUUCAGGAUCGACCACAGUUUUGUCAGCAGCGUCGACGCUAUUGUGACAGCAACAUUCAAUGCAGUCGUCGCAACGACAAACUAG